ACCUGAGACUGUUUCAAGCAAGCAUCCAGAGCACUAUGUCCUCUCGAUCCUUAACCAUAGUGUCCUCUGGACGGGGAACACAACUCAACAAUGGGGUGAAGAUGCAUGGCACUCAGCUCUCCUCACAGCCCAAACUCCUGCAGGAGGAGGACAGGGAGUCCGGCAUCGGCUCCACUCUUGACCUCAGUGACAGCUUUGAGGGCCUCAACCAACAUACCAAUCAACGCUCCAGCAAACCUUCACUUGGGGAGGCAGACAGACUAUCUAAAGAGAAAGACAGCUCUCCACAGACCACAGCAGUGAGACUGAGCAAGAUCAAGCAGCUCUUUAUCAAUCUAUUCAAGAUCCCUCUCCUCCUCGCCCUCCUCUUCCUCUUUGUAUGCUCCUUGGACACUCUGAGCUCUGCCUUCCAGUUAGCAGGGGGUAAAGUGGCAGGGGACAUUUUCCAAGACAAUGCGGUGCUGUCCAACCCUGUGGCAGGGCUGGUGGUGGGGAUCUUGGUUACUGUGCUGGUCCAGAGCUCAUCCACCUCCUCCUCCAUUGUCGUCAGUCUGGUCGCCUCCGGACUGCUAGAAGUGAGGUCAGCUGUUCCGAUCAUCAUGGGGUCCAAUAUUGGGACUUCAGUCACGAACACCAUAGUGGCAAUGAUGCAAGCCUCAGAGAGGACCGAGUUUCAACGUGCCUUUGCUGGGGCGACAAUCCACGACUGCUUCAACUGGCUGUCGGUGCUGGUUCUGCUGCCGCUGGAGGUGGUGAGUGGCGUCAUGGCCCGUCUGUCACACCUGCUGGUCACCAGCCUCAAGCUUCAACCCGGGGAGGAGGCACCUGAGAUGCUCAAAGUCAUGACAGAGCCAGUCACCAAGCUCAUCAUACAGCUCGACAAGUGUGUAAUCACGGGGAUCGCCUUGGGAAAUGAGGACAUGCGGAACAGGAGCCUGGUGAAAGAAUGGUGCCAGACUGACCUUGUUAUGCAAACUGGCAACGUGAGCACUGCAAACUGUGGGCCCAGUCAUGACUUGUCCCAUUCGUCACUGAAGUGUAAUCAUUUGUUUGUGUCUACCGGGCUGUCUGACCUCACAGUGGGCCUAAUUCUUCUGGCAGGCUCUUUGGCUGUCCUCUGUACCUGUCUGAUGCUUCUGGUCAAGCUGCUCAACUCUCUUCUUAAAGGCCAAGUCGCAAAGGUCAUCCACAAAGUCAUCAACACAGACCUGCCAUAUCCGUGUGGGUGGCUGGCAGGAUACAUGGCCAUGCUUGUGGGUGCAGGGGUAACAUUUGUGGUCCAGAGCAGCUCUGUCUUUACUUCAGCCAUGACUCCUCUGAUAGGUAUCGGUGUGAUCAGUCUGGAGCGGGCCUAUCCUCUGACCCUCGGGUCCAACAUUGGCACCACUGCCACAGCCCUCCUGGCAGCUCUGGCCAGUCCUGGGAACAAGCUAGCAGCUGCCAUACAAGUGGACCCAAAUACAGGAGACAGCAGGCAGACAACAGGAGCUCAAAAGAUUAAGCUUUAUUUUAUUUUUGCUCAAUUCGCAUCCGCCCUGCCCAACUGGUCGCUUGUAUCCAUCCAUAGUCCGCCCCAACUUCUCUACCAGCGAAAAAUUCACUUAAGUAUUUCAUGGAUUAAUACAGAGCUGUUCAGAAAGUCACUGGAGCUGCAGCCAAAGUGGCUGUGUUAAUGUGAGCACCAUUUGAAUUUUUGAAAUUGUCACUCUCUCUCAUCACGCUGCCAGCUUGGUCCACAUCGCAGGUAUCCCAGCAUGCUUUGCACAGCAAAUCAGUUGCUUCCAAUACAAAAUGAAUAGUUGCAGAUUUCUGGUUGCAUGUAGUCACGUAUAGUGGGCAUGCACCACAAGGUGUAGAGGCUGAAGAACAGGAAAAAAGCUGAUUGGCUGGAAAUACUCAGGAGCAGAGAAAGACUAAUGAGGCUGAUUCAGGGCAGGUGUGUAGAUGGGUAAGAGUAAGGGAAAGAGUCUAACAGAAACACUCAGUCCAGUCUUUCCGAAAGUCUGAAGGAAUCAGGACACAGCAGACUCUGAUACUUUGCAAUUUAAAGGAACAGCAUGUAAGAUUUAGGAGGACCUAGGGAUGUCUAGUGGUGAGGACUGCAGAUUGCAACAGCCUGAAACCUUGGCCUUAACCUCCCGAUUAAGGCCAAGCUGCUGGUCAGCUCUCUGUCUAUAUUAGGUGUCCUGCACCGUUGGCAUCCGUUGACCUUCAUCUGCUUAUUGUCCACAGAGUCAGCAUGUUGAAUUGGCGAUGGCAGCUGUGCAGCCCAUCGGUGAAUGAAAUCAUUGAAUUACACUGUUUGGCUUCUACAAAAGUUGGCAUCAGUGCCUGACGCACUUUUAAGUAAAAUCAGAAUUAUUUCUACACACUGGACCUUUAAAUCAAAAUGCUCAAUAUCUGCAUUAUUAUGAAAAAUGGCUCCAUUUUUGGUCGCACAAUUUGCAUGCAGACAGACGAGUGUUAGCUCAGGACAAUAAAGAAGGGUUUUAACACAGAAGAGGAUAUCACAACAAUAUUCAUGAAUUUUGAAAAGUCUUAAUAUCUUGAUAAGUUCUCAUAAAUAAAAGAUGAUGGUGUCAGAAUGCAUGCAAAUGCUUGAAUAAAAACUGAUCUAAAUCAACCAGAGAUGUUAGCAUUGCUCUUUAUCUGUGCUGCACUCAUAAUUACCUCCUUAGCAGCACAAACACAUCUGUGCUGAAUGCAACUGAAAUAGAGGAGAAACAGAGAGAGAGAGAGAGAGAGAGAGAGAGAGAGAGAGAGAGAGAGAGAGAUUACCAAGACCAAGUUUUUGGGGGCAAAACAAGCUCUCUUCCUGCAGGGCAAAGUGGGUGGUUGAUUUGAAAUUUGUGAGUUAAUGCUCUCUGCUACAGCUGUUAUUGCGUGCAGGCUGGUUAUGAUAUGAUGAUGGUUGUUUUUUCAGCAUGUUUGAUAUAACUGAACACCAGCAAAUGUAUUCAUACUUCACUUCAGUUACUUAGCAUCCACAAACUGUGUAAUUUAUUCUUGUUUAAACAGGAAGUUGAACACUGUUAUUAUCUUUAUUUAGAGCCAUUUGUGACCAUUAUUUUAAACUAUGAAUCAUGUUAAUGCCUACAAUUUCUCAAAUGUUUUGAUAUAUAUGUGAAAUGUAGAAUUACGUGUACACACAAUGUAGAACACAAUAACAACUAUAAGUGUGUACACGCAGUGGGAAAAACCUCUGGGCCAUUUGCAAUUUGGACCAUGUUGG